AUGAACAUAAUAUUCAAGAGCCCUUAUGCUAAUGAGGAGCAGAAAAUUGAUAUUGUGGAGAAAGAUCCAGAGAAGUCCUUAUCUUCUCAAUCUUGGAAUGUUUUAUCAGAAAAGUCAAGCUUGAAUCAACCUUAUGGAGUUGGUACAUGGAAAAGAAACAUAAUGGAUGUUGACAAGUCAAGCUUGAAUCAACCUUAUGGAGUCGGUACAUGGAAAAGAAGCACAGUGGAUGUUAACGAGUUGAGCUUAAAUCAACCCUAUGGAGUCGGUACAUGGAAAAGAAGCAUAGUGGAUGAUAGAAAGUCUAGUUUGAAUCAACUCUAUGGAGUUGGUACAUGGAAAAGAAGCGCGGGGGAUGAUGAUGAGUCAAGCUUGAAUCAACCCUAUGGAGUUGGCACAUGGAAAAGAAGCACCGUAGAUGUUGACCAAUCAAGCUUGAAUCAACCUUAUGGAGUCGGUAUGUGGAAAAGAAGUGAGGAGGAUGUUGAUCAGUCAAGUUUGAAUCAACCUUAUGGAGUCGGUACGUGGAAAAGAAGCACAGUGGAUGAUAAAGAGUCAAGCUUGAAUCAACCUUAUGGAGUUGGUACAUGGAAAAGAAGCGUGGUGGAUGAUAAAGAGUCAAUCUUAAAUCAACCAUAUGGAGUCGGUACGUGGAAAAAAAACACAGUGGAUGUUGACAAGUCAAGUUUAAAUCAACCUUAUGGAGUCGGUACGUGGAAAAGAAAGACAAUGGUAAAUAAUGAGCCUAAGAGUUUAAGAUUGAAAAAAAUAUGCAAUGUUAAGGAAAGGUUUGUUGGGGAAGAUGGCAAGUUUUGUGCAGAGUCUGUGAAAUCAUUACUUGAUUUCGUCAUUUCAAAGUUGGGGAAGGAAAUUGAAGCACUCACAAGCUCCUUUGUGCCUCAUCAAACUCAGUACACAAUAUUGGAGGGUGUUCAGAGGGUUUCAAGUGAAGGUGUGAUGUGUCACAAGUUGAAUUUCAAGAAGCCUGUGUUUUACUGUCAUCAAGUGAAUGCAACAAUCACUUACAUAGUUCCCAUGAAAGCUGCUGAUGGCACGAGAACAAAUAUAGUGGCUCUUUGCCAUCGUGAUACAAGAGGUAUGGAUCCCCAUAAGUUGUUCCAUCAACUCAAAGUCCUACCAGGAACAGUGCCAGUUUGCCAUUUCUUGGGAUCCGGAGCUAUCUCUUGGGUUCCAAGAAAUAACGAGCUUAAGGCUUCUCGCUAA